UUCCUGCGGGGCUCCGGCUUCCUCCUAGCUCGUCGGAUGCAUGCUCGCGGCGGCCGGACCGGCUCGGCGGAGGGGCGGGCGGGCGGGGACGCGGGGCAGCGCCGGCGGGGGGGCCGGGGGCCCGGCGGCGGCGGCGGCGAGCGGGGGCCGCGCGGGCGGGCGUGUCUCAGCCCCGCCGCCCGCUCGUGUGUACAGUACGUGUGUCUGGGCGGCCGUCCGCGGGCGAGUGUGCGGCGGGGGCCGCGGGGGCCGGCUCAGUUGAGAGAUUGCAGAAGCCGCUCGGCGCCCGCGCGAUUGGUCCCCGCGGGGUCAUGUGCCCGCCCCUCUGACGUCAAUGGCGGCAACGGCGGCUGCCGCCGCGGCUUCGGCCUCUCGCAGGCGGAGUCCGCCGCCGGGCGGGGACGCGAGGGGCCGAGGCGCGGCUCGACGGGAGGGGGCGGCCCCCGGGGAGGGGGCUGGGGCGGGCGAGCCCUGGCAGGCCCGGGCCCGCCCCGCCCGGAACCUGGGGAGUGGGCGGGGGCCGCGGGGGCGGGGCGCGUGACGUCACGCCGAGCCGCGCCCCCGCCGGUGCCCAGGCCGGUGCUGAGCCGCGCGGCCCGCCGGCCCGACGGAUCUGAGAACGCGCCGCGGCCCCCGCAGCCCACCCUUACCCCCGCGGCCAGCCGGGAUCCGAAAUGUCAGCGCCCCGAAACCUGUCUACGCGGAUGGCGGAGGUGCGGCCAGGCCGGGACCGGGUCAUUCACCUCUGCAUCCCCAGGUCGUGCGCAGGGCUAUGAGAGAAUCAUAUUGGAAGCCCCUUUGGGGAAUGAGCUAUGGUGUCACUCGGGAACGCCAGCCGUGCAACAAAAAAACGUUCCCUUUCUGCCAUCAGGAGUGGCACCUAAAGCCACGCAGCAAGUGCUCUCCUCUGGGGUGGGGCUUUCUCACAUCCACGCACUUCUGCAGUUAAUACCAUUAAAACCCCCAGAUCUGUGCCUUUUUUGUUAAGUGAAGGUGUCUCUGUAGUGAACACACAAGUGUGUGAGCAUGCAUUGAAUUGCAUCAUGAGUGCUGAAGUUUGUCCACGGCAGCCCUACAGUGGGGACUGCCCCCUCCCCCUCUCUCCCAAGAACAGACAAGGUGAGGGCUCCCCAAAACACUCUCACCUGAGCCUGGCCAGGGCUGGGGCCAGGGUGGAAGGCAGGGCCCCCGCAUGUGUCCCUCACCAGAGAAGACGCAUCUCCAGCCUGCCCAGGAGAUGGGCAGAGCUGUUCUCUCCUCGUGAGCCCUGGGGAGGCACAGUUAGGCGGGAAAAUGGGGAAUUCACUGACUCCCCACAGCCUGCUGGCAAAUUCUGUUCUUGAAGUUCUGAACAUCAACGGCCUUGAGAAAACCAUCAAGCAAGGAGGAGUCAGGCAAGCCAGAGACCCCACCCGGUGACACAGAUGUGGAUGCCAGAGGUGGGGAUGGCGGAGGGUUGUGACUGAGACGCCCAGGCCACGCCGCCAAGGGGGUUAGGUCUGUUGUCCGAACCUUGAUUGAGCUCCUGCCGUUGCAGGAGUAAUUCCCAGCGUCCUAAGCACGCACGCAACUUUUCCUUCUCACAGCAACCCAUGACACAGGGUUGACCCAUCAGCAUCCCCUCCUGCAGGCGGAUUCUUAACCACUGUGCCACCAGGGGAGCCCCAGACAUUUUGCCAAGGCAUGCAAGGAGCCCAGCGGAUGCAGGGCAGAGGCCUCAGAGGUGAGCAGGGGCUGAGCGGGCAGUACCUUGAAAUGCAGGCCCAGGGACCAGACUCUGCCCUGAGAGCAGUGGGAAGCUACCACGUGGGGCAUGCAGGGAGUGACUUGUAGAUAUCACCUUCAUAAGGUCACUGGCCACAGCAUGACAUGGACAAGAUUUGCAGAGCAGCAGCCUGGAGGCAGGGAGGCUGGUGAGGAGGCUGUUGAGGGUACCCGGGAGGGAGGUGAUGGGGUCCAGCAGGAAAUCAUGGAGUGGGGAGGCUCGGUGGCAGACAAAGCAGCUGCUGUCCACUCGAGGGACAUCCGUGGACCCCAUUCAGGGGGCAAAACUUCAGCAGAACGAGAUUUACCAGGAUGCAGAGGAUCCCUGAUUUUAUCCAGACAUCCUCAACACUGCUUGACAUGGUGGUUGAUUUGUAAGCAUUAAACAGGAACAGCAUGAUAAAAUGACCAGCACCCAAGUGCCAGAAGGCAAAAAUUCUUAUCAUCCCCAUCUUAAGGGCGAGGAAGCUGAGUCUCAGAGAGGAUCAGACAACCACGGGGAUCCAGCCAAGAUUUGUACCCGAAAUUCUGACCUGAAAGUCCAUGUUUUUCCCGCUCCUCCUUUGUAAUGUUUUCCUGAGCAGGGACUCAGGAAGAAAAUGUUGAAUUUGAUCAAUGUCAUCUUUCAAUAAGAAUAUCUCUUGGUCUGAGGUUGAAGUCAGUGUUAUGGAGCCCCCAAGACACUGCCAGAAGCUCCUUGAGAACAGAAACCACGAGUUCCUGGUUGACAGCAGCACUCCGUGCCUGCACGCAAAUAGGCAGUGACUUUUGGUCAGACUCACCUACCCUCUGUUGCUUAGGAACGUGCAGGCAGUAGGUCGAGGUCAGUGAGCGUGUGAGGAGGUGGGACACAUUGAUAGCUGGUGAUACGCAGAGCCCCUCGCCUCCCACUGUCCCAGGUUCCUGACCUAAAAAUGAGUAAAUCCAGCUGUCAGAUUCCUUCAGAAGUCCCCUCCCUCCAGCCCCCCAGCCUCUGUAGGAGACACAAGCCCAUCAAGUUUCCACUGAUGGAUCACGUACCCAGGUCAUCCUUGGUGCCACAGGGACCCUGACUCUGCAAAGAACAGUGCAGGCCCCUUAGAGUUCACCCUCCUGGCAUCAAACUUGAGAGGGUUACGGAGCAGCAGGAAGGGCACGCAAGUUCACGAACCCUUCACUCUCCUCGGGCCCCCACUGGCCAGCGGACUCACAAAGGUCACCAGACAGAGCUGCCGCGUUCUGCAUUCUUUGCUGCAGUCCCAAAGAGCAACGUUCUGCUCUCACCUGCUCACUUGGGUCAGCACGUGGGAGACUCAGCACUACGGGCUUACCCCGGGCCAUACGGAUGGAGAAACUACUCCGCUCGAGGAGCCGGGGGAAUGCAGCGAGCAGGCAGGGAACUGCCCUCGUGAGCGCACAUCUCAACCCCGAGGUCCCUCAUGUCACCCCUGGAGCCAACUCAGAGGGGAAAGACAGACCUGUUACCCUGGCUGCCCACAAAGAGGUCUGAGGAAGUGGCCAAGUGCCUGGUGGGGAGGAGAGCAUCGGAGCUGACGGCCAGCCCUAGGAGAGGGCCACCUAAGCACCCGCUUCUAGCAGCCCUGCCCCUUCCGGCAGACGCCCACAGGUGGGUGUCCUCCUCGGACUGGCCUCCAGCGGAGAGCCUCAGCAGCCUUUGCCCAGCUCCCUCCUUGCCCCCGCCCCCAACUGUGAAGUGGUGCACAAACCCAACACACUGUACCCUGCAAGAGGGCAGGGUCCGUUCCAGUUCUGCACAUCAUCGUGUCCAGUGGUGUGCUGGUGAAUGUUUAACCAUCGGCUUGCGGGGGGCGGGGAAGCCCUGAUUUAUAGCAUUUGACAAUUCCCCAGUUGGAAAUAUUCCCACCAUGGCCGUUUUCAGGUUAUCAACAUGCAUCACUGAACGUGAAGUUGGGAAGAGACGCACCCCAUUGUAGAGUGCUUCUACCCUACAGACAGAACAUUCCAGGGGGCAGCAAACAGUGGCUGAGGGGCCAGACUCAGCUCAUGGCUUACAAAGCCUAAAAUAUUUACUACCUGGCCCUUUUACAGAAGAAGUUUGGCGACCCCUGAAAGAGACAUAAAUAACCUACAGAACGGAGAUACAAAAUGUAGUAUAAUAUGUAGUCAAAUAAUUAGGAAGUGGUGAGUUUUAUUACCUUUUUAAGAAUAUGAUUUAUUUAAUCGUAACUUUAUAUUAAUUCAAUCUUGUUUAAUGGCUGUUUGACAACCAGCUUGCAAAAUUCCUGAAAAAUUAACAAUCAGCUCUCAUGAGCCAGUAUAGGUCAGCUUGAGCAGGCCCCUGCCUGUUCUGGCCCAGAGAAGAUGCACGAUGGUUAUCCGCUGAAUGGUUGGAAAUCAAACUGCAACACCAACGUUCUAACCGCUAGGCAACCUUGCCCUGCUUCCUUCCUUCCUUCUUUCAUUCAGUUCCAUUAAACAUGUGUCUGUUAGCACCUACUGAGUGCCAAGGACUUUGUUGGGGACUACAGAUCCAGCUCACACAAGAUGCUGCCCUCAUGGGCUCAUAGUCGAGCGAGGGGAAUCAGACACCCCUCCUCCCCCAAUCACCACCCCCCCCUGCAAAAAAAAGUAUGCAAGGAAGAAAACAAACUCCUUGCCCUUUCCUUUACCAGCUGUGUGUAUCUUUGGUUGAUUUAUUAUAAAAUGGGACUGCAACAGUACCUUUUUCCAGAGUCAUAGGAAUUAAAUGAGAUAAUCAGUGUCGAGCUCACAGCCUGGCACUGGGUAAGCACUUAGAUUCUAAGUGUUGGCUAUUUUGUGUUGCCACUGUCAUUUUAGAACCCAUGUUUCCACGGCCCUGAUCGCAGGCCCUCCUCUAGAUCACUUCUCUAAACGUUUCCCAUCUGCCCAAAAACUGGGAUACAGAUACCCAAUACAGCAUCUUUGCAGGGUUUUCAACUUUGGCGCUAUUAACAUUUAGGGCUGGAUCAUUCUUGGCGGCAGACAGCUGUCCUGACGACUUCAGGGUGUUUAGCAGAAUCCUUGGCCUUAACCCACAGAUGCCAGGAGCAGCCACAAUUUGUGACAACCAAAAUGUCCCCAGACGUUACCCCGUGUCACCUGGGAGGCAAAAUCAGCCCCGAUUGAGAACCCCUGGUUUAAGGGAAGACGUUUUUCCCACCCUGUCAGCCGGUACAGGCUUCUCCCCAGCCAUCCUGUGGUUCCCAGUCUAGGGGAGAUUAUAUUGUCCACGUUCAUGCAACGGCACGUCCUUCCUCAGAUGCCACUUCCCAGGGGCCGGAGGAAACUCGCAGCCAGCUUUAUCAGACUGUCAAGGAACACGAGGACACACAGGAUGAAAUAAGGUGCAACCUGUUUUGAGUCGUGUUUUUGGAGCCCUUUAAUGGCAUGAAGCCAUGCCUGUAAUCAUAUGCCAAAAGCACCAAAAGCAAGACAACAGAAUUGUUUGUUCUUAAUUUCAUAGCUGCCCAUGGCACUGUUGCUUUUGGGGAGCGCUCCGGAAGCUCCAUCUGAAAACUCCGUCUCAAAAUUACAUCACCCAGGAGAGCAUUCCCGAACCUCAUUUUUAACAGGCAUGAGACACCAGCGUAAUGGAACACACACUCUGUACCGAUGGCAUUUAAUGUACUGAUCGAAUAAUAAAAUGUGCUUCUUCUCCUGGUAUAAGGAGAGGAGUCAUG